AAACCUGAGGUUGAGUUGUGUCGCGCUACUAGUAAAACGAAACCUGACGCGAAUUGUCGUCGACUGUUUAGAAUGGCUCCAGUCGAACGGUCAACUUACGUGUGCGAUCUAGGCGACCCUCGCACUUUUCGUCCGGGACGAUCCCUAUAUGUAGGGGCGCCAUUGCGUCGAUGCAGGUCAUUAUCUCUACCCAGCCAGUUAGACGAGACUGCCACUUUGGUGCUCCCUGGCGAAACGACUGCAGGGGAAGAUGCUUGUGGCGAGAUUCCUGUUCGACUCCUGACGGACUUCACCAUUUAUCAUAUGGGUAGCAUGGACAUUGCUCCAAUGUCCAAAUUGAUGGACGGUGUGUCAGGUUUGACUGCUAAAGGCAGAGUCAAGCGUUGGGAAGAAGAUAGCGAUGAGGACGAGGACCGAUUAACAGACAACGACGAAGAUGAAUUCUAUUGGAUCAAUCUCACGGAGAUUGUUGAGUUCGAUGCGCAUUAUGUCUUCGACUCUGAACAUGACUAUGUUUACUUGAAUCCAAAAAUAUAUAUUCGGACAGCGCAUGCAUGGUAUAUCCUUGCUUUACCGUCGGAUAUUUAUCUGCCGGCCUUUGAAGAUUAUUGGAUACGUCAUCGCAUAUUUCACCUCGUAAUAAGCAAGGCACUUUCAAAUCCUCGUAUUUCCCAGCAAUCCUUUGCCGCUUAUAUGGAAGCUCCUGAGCAGCCAUUCAACCUCCUGGCUAGAUCAGUGAUAGGACGGGACCUAGUGAAGCAGGAUUUGACCUCAAAGGGCACUAUGGUCUACUUUAUCCAUAAAUUUUCUACAGUUCUGCAGAAAUAUACAAGAAUUAAGAAAAUUUUGAAAGAUGUUCCCUUAGUGCAGAGCAUGCUAGCUUCAAAUAAUGCACUUGCUCCAAGUGCACCAGUUGUUACACCCAGAGUGAAGCAGAUAGCUCAAACUCUUUUCAUACAUACUCUUCACAGUGUGGGCACAACGGAAGGGGAACAUCAUCUCAAUAGCACUCUGGAGAAAUCUCAUGCUGUUCAUGAGGAUAAUCCCAAGUCCAUUCACUGGGUUCUGAGUAGCAGAACAGUACCAAACCACUAUACAGCAGUUGUGAUUGAUGGAGUCACCUACAAGGCUGGAGACCCUAUCAUUGUGGAGAAAGGUGAAGAUGAACAUACAAACAGAGAGAUAAAUGCCCAUGCUGGCUGGAGUACAAAUACACUUGCCAAUACCAAGUGGUUUGCUGUGAUUUGUUACUUUUUCCAGAGGGGCAAAAAGCAAUAUGCUCACUGCCAGUGGUAUCAACAUGGCAGCCAAACACUUCUUCAAGAAACUGCACAUCCUAAUGGUCUCUUUCUCAUUGAUGAAUGUGAUAACAUUGAGUUGGAUGCCAUCUACUCCAAGUGCAAUGUCCUACAGCUUGGAGCCACAGAUGAUCAGAGUGGAUUCAUACCCUCUGACAAUGACAAUAACUUCUUCUCUGGAUCCUGGUGGAAUGAGACUCAGGCUGCUUUUAUUGAGCCUUCAGAGACUGAGAUUCAAUUGGCUCUGCAGACCUGCAAAUUCUGGCAGAAGUGCAUUCCUUGUGGAAGAAAAAGGCUGCACCAGUCAAGGUCACAAUGGACAAAACUUCCUGGUGGUGGUUUGUCUCAUUAUGGAGUUCACUACCAUCCUGGUGAUGCUGUCUAUCUUAGAUUCAGCAGUUGUCACAAUAAGUUGUAUGACAUUGGCCAGAUUGUCAACUUCUAUUCCAGUUCUAGAUGCAAAGGUAGUUUUACAGCUGAUAUUAGAUUGUUUGGAAGACAGGAUGCAAUUGUGAAAGCCCAGGCAGAGAAAAGAGGAAAGAAGACUAGAAUGGCCAAUGAGAAAUGUCUUAUUUUUACUAAUAAGAUCAAAGAGGAUGUGGAUGUCUCUUGCAUAGAAGGAAAGGCCUUUGUUUAUCAUCCUGACUUCAUACCUUCCAAGCUUCAAGACUCAUGGCUUCAGCAUCCUGAUCAUUUCAUCUGUAAUCUUCAUGCACCCUCAUUGAAGAUCAAGACUAUUCAGGACCUAGAUGCCAUAGAUCUUCCAAAGUGUAAAAGCUGCCUUAAUUCUCAUUUGCUCUCUCAGGAGGAGCAGACAACACUCUUAUCUCAGAAUGGAACCAUCAGAUGCUUGGAGCUGUUUGCUGGUGCUGGAGGCCUUUCCACUGGUUUGGAGAUGUCUGGAUUUGUUGAGACAAAGUGGGCUGUGGAAGUUAAUCCAAGUGCAGCUCUCUCAUAUCAAGCUAAUCAUCCAGAAACACUUGUCUACAAUCACUCAUCCAAUCUUCUUCUGAAGUAUGCCAUGGAUACUUUUGAAGGUAGAAAUUCCAAGCCUUUAUUUUCUCUUCACAAAGAACCAGAAGAGUUGCCUCCCAUGCCAAUGCCUGGUGAGGUUGAUUUUAUCUGUGGUGGUCCACCCUGCCAGAGUUUUUCCAGAAUGAACCAUCACAGAUCAUCAAAUGAUAUCAGGAGUUCUUUGGUUGCCAAUAUGUUGUCCUAUGUGGAGCUCUACAGGCCAAGAUACUUUCUUCUAGAGAAUGUGGAAGGAUUUCUUAGCCUCAAAGGUGAUGAGGUACAGAUGUUUGCAGUAAAGUUUGUUCUCAGAGCCUUAUUGGAUUUGGGAUAUCAAGUUCAUUUUAAGCUAUUGCAAGCUGGCCAGCAUGGUGCUCCACAAGGAAGACUUAGGGCAAUCUUCUGGGGUGCCAAGAGAGACAUUCCACUUCCACAGUUUCCCAUUCCAGUCUACUGCUAUCCAAAGGGAGUUCACAAUGUCUCUCUCUCAAACAAAUUGAAACUAUAUCCUGCAAGCCGUGAACAUCCUGAUGGAGAUGCCAAUGGUAAUGUGACAUACCAUCAAUGUGCACCAUUACCUUUUAGGACUGUCAAUGAUGCUAUUGGAGAUCUUCCCAAGUUUGACUGGAUUGAUCCACAUGAGACAUAUCCACUUACUGCAAAGGAUAGGCAGGAAAUUGCCUCCAGAGAGCAACAGGGGAUCAUACAAUUCUCAGCUGUGACUGACAAGGAAGGUGGACCAUACUCUGGAUUUCAUCAACCUGAGGAGUAUCCUUGUGGUCCUCUUACAUCUUAUCAGGCUUGGUCAAGACAAGAUGGUAGCAAAACAGUCAGGUAUCACUACACCAAACAGUUUGGUGCUAUGGUGGUUGAAAGAACUGUCAAUGUUCCAAUGAUUCCUGAGGCCUGUCAUGAAGAUUUGCCCAAAGCUCUCAAGAUACAUAGAGCUAUUGGAAAAUCUGAUUACAGAACUCUUUUUGGCAGGCUGGAUGGCAAUAAGGCCUUUAGGACUGUCAUGACUGUUGUCAACCCCAACCAAAAGGGUGGACAUAUUUUGCAUCCAAGUCAAAAGCGCAUUCUGACUGUCAGGGAAUAUGCCAGAUGCCAAGGUUUUCCUGACAGUUACAAGCUCCUGUCUGAGACAACUGGUACAGCAGCAAUCAAUGAUCAAUACAAGCAGAUUGGUAAUGCUGUUCCUGUACCACUAGCUUUGGCACUUGGAAGGGAGUUAGGGAAGUCACUUGUCUCUUAUUGGAAGAAGCUGAAUGAACAGAAGGAACAAGAAAGGGAGCAGAGUCCUGAAGUGGACAUGGAUGAAACUUCAGAUGUAGGAAGUGCAGAGUACUGAUUUGCAAUAUCUUAAUCUCAUUUACUGGGUAUAUCAGUGUUGGUAUAGAAUACACUUGAGAUGUUGUUCAGAGAUUCCAUACACAAGUUUCAUAGUGUCAUACAACACAUAUCUGAAUUUGUCAAGUAAUUAAUAUAAUACAGGAGAGUACUGGUG